GCCGGGUGUCUGCUGCAGCGGCCGCGGUGGCGGAGGAGGCCGGAGGGUAGUCGGCGGCGGCGGCGGCGGUGGCGGGAUCAGCAGCAGCAGCUCCAGCCCCAGCAGCCUCAACCACCAGUCCUGGGUCCCGCAGCGCAGCCCCGGGAGCUCCACGAGCCGCUCAGCCUGCCGCCUUCCGCGCUGCCUGAUCGUGCCGGCGCGUCCGGCCGCCGCCAGCGCCCCCAGUUGUCCUCCGACUCGCCCUCGGCCUUCCGCGCCAGCCGCAGCCGCAGCCGCAACGCCAGCCGCAGCUCCUGCCCCGGCCCCGUUCGCCGGCACAACCCCAGCCCCAGCUCCCGCCGCGGCUCCUCCGGGCACGGUCCCCGCGCCGCCACCCUGGAGGUUGGGAUGCUCUUGUCCAAAAUCAACUCGCUUGCCCACCUGCGCGCCGCGCCCUGCAACGACCUGCACGCGACCAAGCUGGCGCCGGGCAAAGAGAAGGAGCCCCUGGAGUCGCAGUACCAGGUGGGCCCGCUCCUGGGCAGUGGCGGCUUCGGCUCCGUCUACUCCGGCAUCCGUGUCGCCGACAACUUGCCGGUGGCCAUCAAACACGUGGAGAAGGACCGGAUUUCCGACUGGGGAGAAUUGCCCAAUGGCACCCGAGUCCCCAUGGAAGUGGUCCUGCUGAAGAAGGUGAGCUCGGGUUUCUCCGGCGUCAUUCGGCUCCUGGACUGGUUCGAGAGGCCCGACAGUUUCGUCCUGAUCCUCGAGAGACCCGAGCCCGUGCAAGACCUCUUUGACUUCAUCACCGAAAGGGGGGCCCUCCAAGAGGAGCUGGCCCGCAGCUUCUUCUGGCAGGUGCUGGAGGCCGUGCGGCACUGCCACGACUGCGGGGUGCUCCAUCGCGACAUCAAGGACGAAAACAUCCUCAUCGACCUCAGCCGCGGCGAGCUCAAGCUCAUCGACUUCGGGUCGGGGGCGCUGCUCAAGGACACGGUCUACACGGACUUCGACGGGACCCGCGUGUAUAGUCCUCCAGAGUGGAUCCGCUACCAUCGCUACCACGGCAGGUCGGCAGCUGUCUGGUCCCUGGGGAUCCUGCUGUAUGACAUGGUGUGCGGAGAUAUUCCCUUUGAGCAUGAUGAGGAGAUCGUCAGGGGCCAAGUUUUCUUCAGACAGAGGGUCUCUUCAGAGUGCCAGCAUCUCAUUAGGUGGUGUCUGUCCCUGAGACCAUCAGAUCGGCCAUCCUUUGAAGAAAUCCAGAACCAUCCAUGGAUGCAAGAUGUCCUCCUGCCCCAGGAGACAGCUGAGAUUCAUCUCCACAGCUUGUCGACGGGGCCCAGCAAAUAGCAGCCUUUCUGGCAGGUCCUCCCCUCCCUGUCAGAUCCCCCAAGGAGGGGAAGCUUCUGUCUCCAGCUUCCCAGUUACCAGUGACACUUCUCGCCAAGCAGGACAGUGCUUGAUACAGGAACAACAUUGACAACUCAUUCCAGACCCCAGGCCCCUGGAGGCUGCCUCCCAGUGGGGAGAAGAGACUCCACUCCAGGUGUCCUAGACCUCAACUCCUCCUGUAGCUGCUCUCUUUCUCAUGGGUGUCCAGCACUGCUGGGCUCUGCAAAACCCUGGGGGUGGGGGGUGGGGGAGGGUCAGAAACUGUUCCCUUCAUCAUGAGUUCUGCUGAAUGCCGCGAUGGGUCAGGUGGGGGAAACAGGUUGGGAUGGGAUAGGACUAGUACCAUUUUAAGUCCCUGUCACCUCUUCUGACUCUUCUGAGUGCCUUCUGUGGGGACUCCGGCUAUGCUGGGAGAAAUACUUGAACUUGCCUCUUACCUGCUGCUUCUCCAAAAAUCUGCCUGGGUUUGGUUCCCUGUUUUUCUUCCCUGUCCCCCCCUCCCCCCCUCCGCUCUCCUCCCCUCCCCCCCAUAUGAAAGGUGCCAUGGAAGAGGCUACAGGGCCAAUUGCUGAGCCACCUUGCCCUUUUUUCUGCCUCCUUUAGUAAAAUUCUGAGUGAACUGGUCUUCCUUUUUUGGUUUUUAACUGUUUCAAAGCCAAGACCUCACACACACAAAAUGCACAAACAAUGCAAAUCAACAGAGAAGCUGUAAAUGUGUGUACAGUUGGCAUGGUAGCAUACAAAAGGAUUGUAGUUGAUCUAAUUUUUUUUAAAUUUGCCUUUAAGUUAUUUUACCUAUUUUGUUUUUUCCUUUAAAGAUGCGCAUUCUAACCGGAGGUCAAUGUUAAUGUAUUUAUUUAUUUAUUUAUUUUGUUCCCUUCUUGCUCCAAGCUUCCACAGCUGCUACCCUAGGUUUUUUUCAUGUUUUUUUUUUUGUUUGUUUGUUUGUUUUUUCCUUUCCUCUGACUUGGGGACCUUUUGGGGAGGGCUUUAAUGCUUGCUCUGGUUGUGGGGUGACGGGACUCAGGUGGGAUGGCUGCUACAGCUCGCUGACGUCCUUGGGGCCCCUCUCUUGGUUACCCAAGUGGUUGUGGGCUCCACGGGUGAUGGGGGAGGGGCACUGCUGACUUGUAUAUAGGAUAGAUAUAUGAAAAAGCAGUUCUGGGUGGUGUGCCUUCCGGAUCCUCUCUGGGGCUGUGCUUUGAGCAGCGUGUAGCCUGCUGGUUUUAUCUCGAGUGAAAUACUGUACAGGGGAAUAAAAGAGAUCUUAUUUUUUUUUUUUAUACUUGGCGUUUUUUGAAUAAAAACCUUUUGUCUUAA